AACUACAUUAGGGUACGUGUUUAGUUGUUGUCUUUAGUGACUGUUCGUGUAAAAAUCUCCACAUUUUCCCCUCGAAUCUUCAAUGAAAGCUUCUCGCCGAGAAGCUAGGCAGAGAACUGACGCUAGCUCACUUCAGUAGCUGUGGUAAAAGACUGAGCAGUGUCGCAAAAAACUUUCGAGGUUGGGUAAAAAGAGCCUGUACCUCCAGCAAUUAAUCCACAGCGCUAGGGCAUGAAGAAGGACCUGGAACCAAUGAAAAGAAGAGGGCUGGCAUGUGUCCAUCUACAUGACGCCCAAGCUGUGUGUGACCUUCCUUAAGGGAUGCAGAAUGAGAGGAGAGCGUUCUGCAGAGAAGCUGGAGGUGGGAAAGGUCCCUGCUACACCCAUCCCAAAGCAAGCACAGUGGCACCUUGCUGAGCUCCAUUGGGCUUCUUUAUGGAAUGAGUUGAUUCUGUCAUUGUAUCAGCAGACCAAGUGAAAACUGAAACAGGCUCUUCUUGGAUAAUUUAAAAAUUUUUUAAAACCUUUUUAGAAGCCUUUAAACACAAGGACUGGUUAACACUUUUUUUUUUAAACAAACACCUGAACUUUUGUUUUGAAGCUUCCCACACCUGGAUUAAAAGUGGAUUUGUUUCAGGUGGUUCUUUCUCCUAACUGAGUUUGAAAUGCCAGAAGUGUCCCUUCUGCCGCCAUCCUCAGUUUCUUCCACCCACCCAGUGCCUAAAUAAGCUCUCUUGGGAAGAAGUCAUCAGCAGCUGCUGUGCUCAAUCCUCUCUACUUGUUCUUCUCCACAUGCUUCUGCUCUCUCUCUCUGAUGGACUACCUCUUUCAUUUUGUUUUCUUUUUAUACUGUUAUCCUCUGAUAAUCAAAACUCAAGCGCAGCGACACAAAUUUAACUAAACACUGCACCGGUUUUAGUUUUGUGCUUGAGUUUUUGCCCUAUUUUUCAUAUAUGCACAGCAGUGUUUAUAUUGUUGCGUUAUUGCACCAAAUACAGAUACAUUAAGCCAUACUCAGUAAUAUAUAUAUAUGAAUUGCAUACAUAUAUUUUUGUAUUAUUUUGCUCUUGUAUAGAAAUUAAAUGUAUGCAUUCAAAUUAAUUAUCUACAAGAAGCUGUGCGCAUCCAAGUUUUGUGUGUUGCUGUUUUGAAAACGGUUUUAUAUCUCAGUCAGGAGACAUUGGAAGUGUGCACACGCAGAAUCCCUCAUGUUUCCGCUCAAUUUCUGCUUUACAUAGAUUUGUAGCCAUGGCCCCGCCUCUUAAACACCUGCAUCGUCAUUUUGACCUGUAACCUCCCCUUUACAGUAGGUAGACAGUCGAUAUCUACCUCGCUCUCUUCUUCCUCCCCUCUCUCCGUCACUGAUGCCCAGUUUCAGUGGUGGGGUGGUUGGGGGAGGAGUAGGGGGCCCAGCUUCUGCUCCUCCCCGUCCGUUUCGCCCCAGCCGAUAUGUGCCGGUGUCUGCAGCCAUAACUUUCUUGGUUGGGUCCACGACCCUCUUCUUUUGCUUCACGUCCCCAUGGUUAUCGGAGUACAUCUCCGGUAUAAUUCCCAUCUACAUUGCUGUAAUCUUCCUUUUCACACUUGCCAACUUUUGCAUGGCUACAUUCAUGGAUCCUGGAGUCUUCCCCAGAGCCGAGGAAGACGAGGACAAAGAGGACGAUUUCCGUGCUCCUCUCUAUAAGACGGUUGAGAUCCGAAGCAUCCAGGUGCGAAUGAAGUGGUGCUCGACCUGCCGCUUUUACCGCCCGCCCCGCUGCUCACACUGCUCUGUCUGUGACAACUGUGUGGAGGAUUUUGACCACCAUUGUCCCUGGGUGAACAACUGUAUUGGCCGAAGGAAUUAUCGCUAUUUCUUCCUGUUUUUACUGUCUUUGACCACCCACAUCAUGGACGUGUUUGGCUUCGGCUUGGUUUACGUCCUGCAUCACCGCCAGCAGCUCGACACGCCGCAUGCUGCUGUUACUAUGGCUGUGAUGUGUGUCGCUGGUCUGUUUUUUGUCCCAGUUGCUGGCCUGACUGGGUUCCACAUAGUGUUGGUGGCCCGUGGUAGGACCACUAAUGAACAGGUGACGGGGAAGUUCAGAGGAGGCGUUAACCCUUUCACCAAGGGUUGCUGGAGGAAUAUUUCACACGUUCUCUGCAGCCCGCUGGCACCGAGGUACAUGGGCCGGUGGUGGAACCGUCAGACAGUGGAAGUACAACCACCGUUUCUUAGACCGUCUCUUACUGAGGCUCAGUUGGAAGCUAAGGUUCUGGACAACGGGAUCCAGAAUGACCGACACAGCAGCAGGUCUAAGAGCAGUCUGGAUCAGAUGGAGAGCCAGUCAGCUGACAUAGAGCCUCCACCGCCUCCGAAGCCGGACUUUCGUUACCCUGGUCUGCCCCGUGCCGACACAGAAGCGAGCAGCUUGUUGUCAGACGCUCCACCUACGCCGUCGAUGUACAAAUACCGACCAGCGUACAGCAGCCCGGGGAAGAAUCACACUGGUGUCACACAUCCAAACAAGAUGACCCGCGGGGAGAGUCUUGACUCCCCGUCGCCCUCCAUCCUUCAGUCCAGUCGUCAGCCUAGCUACCGCUCGGAGCCCAGCAACCUGGACGGGGCCACAGUGGUGGGAAGAGGUGUAGGGGUGCGCAGAGGGGGAGGGGAUAGGGGUGAGGGCCCUGGGGGCCCCGGCGGGAUGGCUGGUGUGGUGUCAGGGGGCGUGUCGGGUUACUCCCUGGCUGGGCGCUCCUACACCUCCUACCCAUCUUCGCUGGUUCUGUCCACGGGCGGCUCGCGCUCGUCCAGCCUUCGCUCGGCUCAGACUGUUCAUAACCCGCUGGCCACGCUCCAAUCGGAGGGCACCACAGACACCAGCUACAAAAGCCUAGCCAAUCAGACGCCUCGGAAUGGCAGCUUGUCCUACGACAGCCUGCUGACGCCAUCCGAGAGCCCGGAGUUUGAGUCCGCCGCCCAUGAGCUGUCGCCACAGAAGCCUCACGUUCCCUUCCUGUCGACUGCAGGAGGCGGGCGACCCGGGGUGGCGCCGCCCGGCCACCCUCUGCAGGGCUACACGUCGCCCUUCCUCUCAGCUCAGUUCGCUCAGCAGAGGGAGGGGCAGCUGCUCCAGGGCUCUACCACUUUCUCCUCCCCCCAUAGGGCUUACCUGCGUGCUGUCAGCCCACCCCUGUCCUCCACCCCUGGGGCUCCUGAAGCCCGCCACCUGCUCCAUCACAACCAGGACCUGACUUCCCGAAUCCCCCGCAACCCUUCCUCCUCGUCCUCUUCCCCCGGGGCUCGCUCACUAGACCCCCCUGUGUCCCCACCGCCCCGUGGCCUCUCCCUCACCAAGUCCCCGGUUCACAUAGGGGAGACGGGGUCUCAGCACAAGCCCCGGCCUGUGGGGGCGGGCUCUGUGCUGGGGGGGGAAGGAUUUGGAGGAGGGCAACAGGCUCCACAAUCCGCCUCUCGCCCAGCCUUGGCCAAUCACACCACAUCCAAACCGGUGGGUGGGGUGAAGAAGGUAACCGGCGUUGGAGGGACCACGUACGAGAUAUCGGUUUGAGUGACGACAGUCCCGAGUGAUCCGUGACGAGGAUGGGGGGGAUAAAAAAAAAAAAAAAGUCACAUCUUGCACUUGCCUCUUAACCGUAGCUGGAGAUUAUUCAUGACUGAACGCCUCUGAGGAACGGUUCUUCUGCUGUGGACUCCAGGAAAUGGCUUGUCUGGUACUUGUUUUAUCUCUGUAAUGGCACGGGCCAAUCUUCUCUGCCAGCCUUUCAGGUUUGAACAAAGAGAAACCGGGAACGCCGAUUCAUCUCGCUGGAUCGGCUCUCUCCAUUUUUGCCACUUUGUGAGCCAUAGACUGAUGUGACUGUGUCAUUACGGCUGGGUACAGAUAUGUCUAUCAAACACGCAUACCUAUUCCAUGAUCUGUUACGUUGCUUUGCUACGUUAAGAAAAAGUAUUGACAAAAGUGUCCAACACAUUUUAAGGAAAGCUGAUGUUAAAUUUUAAAAGGAAUUGACCAAAAGAAACAUCUGAACGGACCACACAUAGAUGGAUGAGUCCAAGCUAUGAACGGUAUCAUUUAAAUUUUGUAUUUUUUUUUUUAUAUCAUUUUAUAUAAAUGUAAAAAAAAAUCUGAUUAUUAUAGAGUGAAAAUGUCAGGUAUUGAAGAUAAUGGUGGCAGAUGUACUGUAUGUAAUUAAUCAUGAGAGCUAUUUCAGAUCAGUUGCCUGUUUUCUUUUUUUUUUUUGUGACUUCUUUAUAUAUGAUGGCUGCAUCAGCCAGCUGCAAGCUCUUGAUGGAGUUUUUCUUUUUUCUUUUUUCUUUUUUUUUUUGACAUCCAAAGAUGGAGAUGAUCCUUGCUGGACACCAGGUGUGGCAAAUAAUCAAAAAUUAUUUUUUAAGAAAGCCACAAAGAAAGUUUAAUCCCCACAGUCGCAGCACAAGCAUCGUUGUGGAAUGUACGCUUGUAAUGUUUAUGCUAGAAGCAUUAUGCAAAAUCUGUCUGUAGCUUUAAGAUCGUCCUAUGUCUUUUUAGUGUGUUUGUUUUAUUUUGUUUUCCCUUUUCUGUAAAUUGUCUAUUAGUUUUGAAUGCUAGCGACCAUAUAUUUUUUAACGGAUGUUUAGCCAAAUAGUGGGCAGAAAGGGAAGGGCUUAUUUAUUUCACCAGACAGAAUAAUCUGCACUAAUUAAAUCCGUUUCAGCAGAAUAGUCUGAACAUCUUUAUAUUAAAAUGUUUAUGCAAGAUGCCACUAAAUGGAGCAAA